AUGACAUCCCGCAGGGUAGCUCUCGUAGUCGGUGCUUCACGGGGCAUCGGCCGGCAGAUCGCCGUCGACCUAGCUAACGAAGGGUACGCCGUCGUCGUCGCGGCCAAAUCCACCACCCCCGAAGCCGACCUCGCCAAGUUUUCCCCCUUCCCACCAGACCCCAACUCCCCUCUCUCCACCAUCACCACCGUCGCGCGCGAAAUCACCCUCGCCGGCGGCGAAGCAACCGCCAUCCCGGUCGACACAACCAGCUACGCCAGCAUACAACAGCUAGUCACCAAAACCGUCGAGACAUACACCCGCCUCGACAUCCUAAUCUACAACGCCGGCGCCAUCUGGUGGGCGCCCGUCGCCGGCACGCCCAUGAAGCGGUUCCAGCUCAUGCAGCGGGUCAACCCGGAGGGCCUGUACGGGGCCGUGCAGGCGGCGCUGCCGCACCUGAACCCGACGGACGAGGCAGGGAGGAAGAGGAGACGUACCACGGGGGGAGGGGCCCGGAUUGUGGUGGUCUGCCCGCCGAUCUACAGCCGUUUCUUUCGUGGUAAGGCGGCGUAUGCGAUGGGCAAGGUGGCGAUGAGUGUUUUGGUGAAGGGGCUGGCGAUGGAUUUUGAGAGGGAGGGGGUUGUGGAAGGGGAGGGGACCGCUGAGGGGGGGUUGGGGGCUAUUGAAUCUGCGGCGACGGAGCAGUUCACGCGCAAAGACGCAUCUUACGCCAGGGACCUGCGCAAGGCCACCAUCUUCUCGGAUGCGGUUCUCGCCAUGAUCAAGGCCCCCGCAUCCGUAAUAAACGGCCAGCUAGAGCUAGAUGAGGACUUCCUCAGGAAACAGGCGGGUGUCACCGACUUCUCCAAGUAUGCCGUUGUUCCGGGGACGUCGCCAAGGAGGAUCAUGCCGGCUGAACUGCCGGAUUUGACGGUCAAGGAGCAAGAUGAUGAGGGAAUGAGGACUGAUAGUUCGAAGCUCUAA